AUGGCUCGCUUUACUUUUGCAAAGGGUCGCAAGAAAACCCCCCCUCAGCUUGUCCUCGCGGAGCCUAUGAGUAAAGCCCACAAGAUUCUCGGCUCAACACCUGUUAGCAUUGAUUCUCCCAAACCAUGGGACGACGCCUCUUCGGGAUUCAGUGGCGGCACCGGCAACAGCACCGCAACCAGCUAUGCCAGCACGGAAGACGACUAUUCAGAUCACCAUGUAGCAAUCGCACCCUCAGAAGACGAAUGGAGCAACAAUGCAGAUAUGCUGCCUGCCAUAAUCGAGUCCAGAGGUCUCGACAGUGACAGCGACCGUGGUAUGAGUGACAUGUCCCACAGCCUGCGAAAGACGCAGUCCUCCUCUACUAUCAGAUCAUGGUACGAUAAAUCGAAACAGCCUUUGCCUACUCUUCCUCAGACCUCUGCUCCUCCUAUGGCGAAUGGCGUACCAUCCAAAAUCCACAAGAUGCUCGACCUGCAGAACAACCCAAUUGGCCCCCAAUUGAAGAAGAAGCCGCCAAUGCUCGACUUUUCCAAUCUUCGCAGUGCGUCUCGCUUGUCGCGCAAGGGCUCGCAUGGUCAGCUGCGUACCGAUGGAACUGUUUCAAACGAAAUGGAAAGCUCCCUCAAGUCUCCCUCCAUCAUGUCUCUGAUGACACCAACCGGCAAGCCUCGAAAGAUUCAAAAGCGCAACACAAAGGACAACAUGCUAUCCCCAGCUCGUGAAGAAGGACAGCACCCACACACGACUGGUGCAAGACGCCGUGGAAGCUCAACGAAGGAGGUACCGUCUCUGUAUGAUCACUACGAGCAGAUGAGUCUGCGGCAGAUGAUGCAAGAGGCAGAAACACAGGAAGGCGAGCCCCAAAAUAGCGAGGAAAUCAAGGAUGAGGCUGAACAAGAUGAUGAUGACGAUGAGCCGGGGGCAGGACAAGAUCUGCAAUGGCUUCACGACGUCCUACCAACACCUUCACAAACUGCAUUUAUGACGGCAUUGACUCCCGCGGCAGCUCGUGGCAGGUCCAACAGCACAGCAAGCAAGGUCACCGCAAACACCAAGCGAUCGAAGAAUCUUGACAGAACUGACCUUCAAGAGACAAGCAUGUUGAUGCUAUCGUCCGACUCAGAAGAAGACGACGAACCUGCGCCUUUGCCGCAGUCUCAGACCACCAGCCCGAGGCGCCGCCCGUCAACCUCUAGUGUCUCGCCUCGCACUGUAUCACGCACACAAUCCUCCAGGGCUCCUUCACAAGCUUUAGACUAUAGACCGAUUCGCCACUCGAAAAGAACAAGCUUUGCACCUGCCAACACAUACAUUACCAUCCCUAAUAGCAGCAGGCUGAGCACCGAUACUGCAAUCCAGAUUGGAAUCGACUCAAGGUCAAGCACGCCGUAUACCGACGCAGCAUCAUGCCGCACUUCUUUAAUAUCUGAUAUUUCGAGCGCUUCAGCUUUGCAUCCCAGCAGUAACUACAUCCAGGAAGCACGAGCGGUGACCAUGCUGGCCGGGCGACGGCCCUCCCGCGUCGAUUGUGGCGAAGAAGACAGUCCAGAUACAUCGUCACCCUCGACCAGCUUGCCUUCGGUUGGAAGAAGAGUUCCCAGUCUGGGACAGGCACAUCCAGAGGAGCUCACGCCUCCUCUCAGUCCCACCUCUGUUGACUUCUAUAUCCGCUCUGCUAGAUCUUCAAUUGAUGGUCCUGGUAGUCACAAUCGCUACAUGGCCGUCACUAGACAAGAGGAAAUGUUGCUCUCUGCUUUGAGAAAUAAGAAACAGCACAACAAAGAGCAGUCUGCCCAAAUAUCCUAUCAGCCAACUCAGAGUUACGACAUCGAUGCAGCAGCUGAAAGAAGCAUAACAGGAGAAAGGGAAGAAGAAAGCGAGAAAGAAAAAGACGAAGAAGAAGAAGGAGAAGAAAGUGAGGCCGACAGCAUCUUGGAAACUGAAAAUCUCGCAGCCGAAGCCAUGUUUGAUUUUGGGUUCCCUGCUCCGCCGACUGCGCGAAAGCAGUCAUUUUUUGAGAAUGCCAUUACCGCAUCUGCCAGCAUCAGUAGCUUUGCUUCUACAACGACAACCGAUAGGCUUUCCGAGUCAAGCAUCGCAGAGACUGAGAGUAUGCUGGACUCACGCCAGGCAUCGCUGACACCUGCGCCAGCUCAGAUGACCCUCAAGAGCAUUUUGAAGAAGCCGGCUUUUGAUCGCGAAGAGCCGGAGCAACAGGAGGUUAUUUUGUACCUGGAUGAUGCUGAGCCAAGCCCAGAUAUGACAGACUUCUCAGAGUUUGGAUAUCUCGAUAUGCCGUCCUUGCAGAACGAACACCCUGGAGCCUCUCUGGACUCGAGCUCGCCCAUUGGCGACACAAUAAUGCAAGCAUCUUCGUCCUCCUCCAAGGCGACUUUGGACAGCAAACGCGUGGACCGUGCCUACCCCUACGCAAUGGCCUCCGUCCCGGAAGAUGGCGAACUGGAGUAUGACGACGACGGCAUUCCGCGACCAGACAGCCCCGUCUCCCCUGACGCUUUCCCUGCCGUGCCACAAAUACGAACCACGUUGAGCAGCAUGGCCCGCCUGAGCGCGGUUGGCUCAUCCCCGAUGAUGGCUGAACCUGGGUGGUGGGGCGACGACGACUAA